AUGGGGUGGCUGACGACACUUGCGGCGACCUUUGUGCUGGGCGCACUGACGGCGGUGGUGGGCCUCCUUGCCGCCCUCCGCUACCUGCUCACCACACCCAUUGCCGGACCUGCUGCCGAGGCUCGACGGGCGGAACGGGUGGCUGCGUCCGACUGGUCGCCCGAGGGGCAUCUGCGGUCUCUGGCCGGAGAGGCGGUGAUCAAGGCGGCUGAGGAUAUGGUGUUUGAGGGUGCCAUUGUGGCGGUGCCUGUCGGGGCGCCCAAGCUGGGCGGAGAGGCCGGCUCUGGCGCGACUGCUGGCUUCAAGCACGGCGUCCUGCACAACAACAUGCUCGUCCUGUUUGCGUCGUCGGCCAAGACAGCACACCAAGACGUGAUCCGGGUCGACGGCGCGCAGAUUGUCAUGCUCCCGGCCGAUGCCACGUCGAUCUCGCGUCAGCUCUCGCCCAAGUUCCCGCUGCGCCUCGUCCACCCAGAUCGCCCGAUCUGGGGCAUGGACGAGGCUGUCGACCUGUACUUUGUCUCGGCUCGCGAGAAGGAAGCAUGGAUGCUGGCCCUGGAGCGGGCGGUUGCGCUCGGUGACAAUGCGUGCUUGGCGCUCGAUGCCAUGUUCCGGACCAAGGCCAGAGACCACUUUGGCCCAUGGGCUGCGCGCCUCGAGUCGACCGACGCUGUGCGCCCGGUUGCCUGGUUCAACGCGCUCGUGGGACGCAUGUUCUGGACCGCACACUACAACGCCAAAAUGGUGGCGUUUUUCAAGCGGCUCAUCGAGAAGAAGAUCGCCAAGGUCAAGCUGCCCAAGAUGGUCGAGGCCAUCCACGUCAAGCACUUUGAGAUCGGGCCCAACGUGCCGCUGCUCCAGUGGGCCAAGCUGCUGGACGUCGGGCCCGACGGCCGCAUCGAGGUCGAGGGCGCGUUUGAGUACCACGGUGGUGUCCACAUCAUUCUCGAGCCGGUCAUCUCCGUCUUUACCGUUGAGAUCCCAAUCUGCAUUUCGCUCCGCAUCACGAGGUUUUCUGGCCAUGUCCUUGUCCACAUUGCGCCGCCGCCAUCGCAGCGGAUAUGGCUCGGCUUUUACGAGCAGCCUGACAUUGCCAUGGAGGUCGACACCGUGCUCGGCACCGCGUACAACAUCAACAUCCCCGACAUCACCGACAUCAUUGUCGACCGCAUCAAGGCCGAACUCGUCGAUCCGAACAACGUGCUCCGCAACGCCGUCGGCGGCUUUGACUCGGACUCGUCGCGCGCCGUCCUCGAUCUCAUCCAUGGCCGCGUCUCGGUGCCCACCGAUGCCGGCGCGCCGUCGGCGGGUGCCCCGGUCUCGUCGCGCCUCCACACCUCACACGCCUCGGUCCUCGCAGCUCUUGGCGUCGACGUGGAGGUUGCACUCGUGUCCGCUCCCCAGUCGCCGGCCGCGCCCCCGUCGAGCACGCCGUCGCCGACAGCAAGCUCGGGCGAUGCGCUUGGCGACUCGUUUGUUCUCGUCGAUGGCGACGGCCAGGGCGACGCGAGCGCUGACGUCGACAUCGCCGACACCGCGGCUGGUUCUGCACCCGCCGUCGAAGCAUUUGACUUUUCCGCCAUCCACGCCAUGAUGAAGGCGUCGGGUGGCGGGGCGGUCGAGUCUACCGAGGCCUCGACCGCUGCGCGACGGCCGGCGGCUGGUACCGUGACUCAGCGCAAGCCUGCAGCGCCGGUGACAGCGACAGCGGCGACCUAUACGCCGGCACCGAUUGAUGCCGGCGCGUCGCUGGCAUCUGCGGCGCCACCCAGCAGCGACGAGCCGUCGUCGCCGACGUCGAUUUCGGGCCGGGCCGGGCUAAUGGGUCGCAAGUUUGCGGCGAGUACCAAGUCGUUUGGCUCCAAGCUCAAAGGCCGCCUCAAGGCGUCGGCGGCGGCCGCCGCCGCCAAGCGCGAUGCGCAGACGCCGUAG